UCAAUAUCUAUCUCAUAAGAAGAGGGAGCUGUUCUUUUCUAUCUCGGAUAAAUCCCAUUCAUCCUUAUCCUUUUAUCUGAGGCUUUUGAGGUAUUGCUGCAAUCCAGCAGACCUGGAACUGCUCAUCUUUCACCUUUUGAUCCAGGAAUCGAAUUAUUUUCCCAUAUAUACCAAGUAAGUGCUCUUUCAUUUUCAAAAAAUACAAUGGAUAUAUGCCUAGUGAGUGCUCUUCCUUUUGGAAAAAUACAAUAGAUAUAUACCAAUUAAGUGCUCUCCAUUUUCACACAAAAAGUAUCACAAUUGAGCAGUAUUAUCUACAUGAGCCAACUGCCAUUUUUAGUUAUAAAUAGCCAUCAAAAUGGAUGAUUUGAACAUAACUUGAAUUAUCGAACAGAAAGGGAGAGAGAGGGCCAAUGGCUGAUAACAACUACUAUGUAGUCCUUAAGUCAUCAAUGCUGAUAGUUGAGUGCCCCAAGCCUUCCAAAAACCUGCGUUCCUGUGUGAACCAUUUCAGCCACAGCCAUCCCUUACGUCCGACUGAAGUGAGUGCCGAGGAGGAACUUAUUUGCUCUGGUUGUGGGCUAGACCUUUCAGGUUCUGCUUACAUAUGCAGUAAGUCCAAUUGCGAAUUCUUCCUUCACAAAUCAUGCUUCAAUUUGGAACGAGUGAUUGAACACAAAUCUCAUCCGGAUCAUCCUCUCAUCCUUCUCUCCACCCCGCCCACAAAUUACAGAGGCAAAGCGUUCAUUUGUGAUGCAUGUCAUGAGACAGGCACUGGCUUUGACUACCAUUGCGCUAGUUGCAAGUUUGAUCUCCAUGUUGGAUGUGCUCUUUUACCCAAAAUCAUGAACCAUGCUGGUCACCGACACCCUCUUACUCUCUACUAUUCCUCCUCAUGCAACAGGGGAAUCGAGAUCUUCAUCUGCGACAAGUGUGACGAAGUUGUGCCAAAGAAACACUGGGUCUAUUAUUGUGCAAAGUGCGAUUACGGUACCCACCUGCAUUGUACAAUUCCUGAAUGCUGAAAAGUGUUAGCAGUGGCAGGCGAUCCAGCAUUUAGCUCAAAAAUAAGUGAUGAAUUGUAAACUUAAUAAGCAAAAGAAAUAUGGAUUCCAUAUUUAUCACCUUAUUUUUUUAUGCAUUUUACAAUUUUAUUAUAUUUUUGUCACAAAUUUAGUAAUCUAAGGACCUAAAAAGUGGCAUCAAUUUAAAAAAAAAAAUGAAAAUGACCACGUUGAGGAUGAGAUAAUUUUUAAGAAAAUAAUGUAUCAAAUUAUGAAAUUAAGCAGGAAAAUUAGUUCAGCCAACAAUAAAUGAAAUAAUUUUUCAAAAUAAUAAUAGUAAGUGUUUGAUAGAUAUUCAAUUCUAAUUGACCAAUACAGCCUUGACUCUUCAAGCCCCGUCACCGACCAUACUCUAAACGAGAGUCAAACUUUCUAGGAACAAGAAACCUUUUUUAAUGGGAUCCAACAGUGCUAAUUCAUUAAAACCGA